CAACAACACCACCUUGACCGCAAAAAUGGCCGAUUCGGAAAUGGCCGACGCUCCCCAAGCGUCCUCUCUGCACCACGAUGAUCACGACGAAGAAGUCCUCGAAGACGCCAAACCGCCCGCCAGCAAAUCCGCUUCCACCGACACCAGAACCGCCGAGAACGCUGCCGCCGUCCGGAGUAUCGAAGGCUGGAUCAUCAUUGUGACCAACGUUCACGAAGAGGCCUCGGAAGAAGACAUUCAGGACAUGUUUGGCGAGUAUGGAGACAUCAAGAAUUUGCACAUGAAUCUCGACCGGAGAACGGGCUAUGUCAAGGGAUACGUGCUGAUCGAAUACCCGACUCUGGAUGAGGCCAAGGCCGCGAUACAGGAUGCCGAUGGGAAAGAAUUGCUGGAGCAGACGAUUGGCGUGGACUAUGCCUUUGUGAGGCCGCCACCGAGCAAAGGCGCACCGCCAAAGGGCCAGAGGAAGGGUGGCAGGGAGAGAAGUGCCAGUCCGGGAGCUAGGCGUAGGAAGGAUGAAGACGACGAGGAUUGAGCGCCAAGUUUUGUGGACACUGGACGAGACCGAUGAUUGCCUGAAUAUUCGCGCGGCGUACGCGAGACGAACGCGUAUCCAGAGUUCUGGCGCAAAGCGCAAACAUGAGAUACGUGCCGACUAUGUCGGCUGAGAUAGGCUCACAAUGCCAAGCCUUGUUCCCCACAGAUCAUAUGUGUGUCCGAAUGUUGCAAUAGCUGUAAACAGCACGUGCGCGUCGAACCAAGGGUGGCCUUUCGUCAUGAUCUCCAGGCACCUCUUACCGAAUAGUAGGGACGUGAGAUGAGACAGAGUGGAAAAAGAUGGUGAUUGCAAUGAAGUCACUCUCUUUACUGCCGUCUUGUCUCUCGAGGAGCCAGAUUUCAUAGGACUUCUCACAGCCUCGAAACAUGCUUCACAGCCUGGUCUCUCAUACCGGCCAGAGACAGUGGUAUGCAGACAGCUCCUACAACGAGUUGUCUUGUCUCAGUUGGGAGCACUCGAACGCAACAGUUGCCUGAUACAUUGGGCAUCAAUAGACUGAAUUUUUUAUGGAAUAAGAUCCAAUCAAACAGUCACUAAAGACAAUCUCACGAGACGUCUACAGUUUUUGUUUGACUGCUAUUGAUAUCAUCACAGGUGCCACUGUGCU